AUGCCCAACCUUCAGAAGCCAUUGCGCGAACUCGGCCUCUUCAGCACCAGCAUCAAGUCGCAUGUUUUGACGCAGUCGGAGUACACGAUCAACCUGCUCAUCCCGAAUGAACCGCCACAGCUGCUCCUGCUGACGGUUAUAAUUGAGCUGUUCGGCGAUCAAUGGGUUAUCUGUGAGGCGAGCCCAGUCACCAGUCCAAUGUGGCAUUGUCUCGAAGUCGCGCAU